AUGCCAACUAUUUAUAUUGGAUCCUUCUUGGAAUGUAUUAUUUCGCCUGAUCUGUCAAUCUACAAAUGCCCCGAAUUCCCGACUUUUGGUACAGAUUUCUAUGAAAUGGGAAAUUCAUGUUUAUUCAUUUUAAUCUACGAAGUUUAUCACGAAGAUAACGAAAUACUUAUACUUAUCGAACGCAUGACCAUGAUCAUCAUCACCAUUAACGGUUAUACAGCCUUCUGGGCCUUAGCCCCCUCAAGUACACUUUGCCAUCGUAAACUAUCCAGUGGUUCCCGCGUGGGACCCCUGCUUCGAGGGCGUUGA